CCGCUCAUGCCCAGUCCGUGUGGGAUGCUGCGUGGACCGACACGCGAAACCGAUCUUAUCAAGUCAUCUUGUCAAAACUAAGUAAAUAUUUUCCUUCUAACCAGCCGUAUCAGCCACGACUACUUCUAAGCAAACCACAUGACGCGAGAAAAUGUCCUUCCGACGGUAUUUCUGCUUCCGAAUCAAGAGGAUUCUAGCGCAAUACUUUCUGUGCGGUGCGAAAACUGUAGCGUUUCUGUUCUGGGCCUCGAUAUACCUGUUUGUUAUGAAGCACACGAUAUUCAAAGGGCAGGUGACGACGCCUACAGACGACUCCCAGACCUACCUGGCCUAUCCUGACAACUACUCGCAAUUUCAGUUCCAGGGCAAUAAAGAGAUAGAAAUACAUGUGAUAAGCGUGUCGGAGCCAGACAACGCUACUUUAGAAGAAUUGCAAGAGCGAUUGCGGCGCGUUCACCACACGUGUCGGGAAAAACGGCUCAGCAGCGAGACGAUAAACAGCAAGGAGUUUUUCAUAGACUACCAACACAACCUCGUCUGGUGCAACAUAUUCAAAGCGGCCAGCUCCUCUUGGCUCUACUACUUCAACAUAUUAGGUGGAUACAGCAGAGACUUUCUGGCGCGCACGCGGCUGGAUCCAAUAACAUUAGCUAGGAAAAAGUUCGCCAGACCCAGCGAAGAGGAGCUCAGGGAAGCCAUCAGCAACCCUGACGUGGUCUCCCUCAUAGUAGUGCGAGACCCCUUCGUGAGGCUUUUAUCAGCGUACAGAGACAAGUUCGAACGACGCAACCAGUACUAUCUAAAGAUAGCCAAGCCUAUCGUUGCCAAGUAUCGCAAAAGAACAAUUAAACUAUUCGGGAAUGUCACGAGUCCAAGGCCUACAUUUUACGAGUUCGUCGCUUACUUAAUCGACACUUACAAAGAGUCGAAGUUAUCCGAAUUCAAUGAGCACUGGGCUCCGUACUACCAGUUCUGCUCGCCUUGUGCCGUCAACUUCAGUGUGAUCGCCAAAACAGAGACUUUAGACCGAGAUUCCUCGUAUGUCAUCAGUGAGUUAGGACUUAACUCGCUUCUGAGUGGACCUAGGAGUAAGAGGACCAAGCUACGCACCGUCAUGAACAAGGCUCGAGACGGAAAGCAAACACAGCAGCUAGUGAGACGAUACUACAGUCAGCUGGACCGUUCGAUGAUGCGAGGCUUGCUGGAAAUAUAUGGGACGGACUUCGAAAUGUUCGGCUACGAUUCUAAAGUGUACACUCAAUACGGGAGGAAAUUGGGCUGAGUGGGGAUGUGUGAUGUGUGUUUGUUUGCCUGUGAUGUGAAUGAUGUGGUGGACUUACUG